UUGAAUUCAGCAUCACCCAUUUGUUUGGUUUAAUCAGUGAAGGGGACUGAUCAAGGACAGAGGACGAAGAAGAAGAAAAAGAAGUAAAAAUGGCGGAUUCAGAGAAUGUGGAGAUUGUUACAGAUGGAAAUAUAUCAGAGCCGUUGUUACAGACAGAGAAGGAAUCAGAAGCAGAAUGCAGGAAUGGGGAUGACGAUAAAGAGCUUUUCAUGGUUUACCUCAGCACGUUUGUUGCAGUUUGGGGAGCUUUCGAGUUUGGUUCAUGUGUUGGAUAUUCUGCGCCUACCCAGUUUGGCAUUAUGAAUGAUCUUAACAUGUCUUAUUCCGAGUUUGCAGUCUUUGGAUCUAUACUAAACAUUGGUGCUAUGAUUGGCGCCAUUACAUGUGGGUGGAUUGCUGACUACCUUGGCCGAAAAGGAGCUAUGAGAUUGUCAUCUGUAAUAUGUACAGUAGGAUGGAUUAUUAUCUUCGUCUCCUGGGGGUCAUUUUUUCUAGAUUUUGGGAGAUUUUUAACAGGUUAUGGCAUUGGCAUUCUGUCUUAUGUGGUGCCAGUAUUCAUUGCGGAGAUAACACCAAAAACCCUUAGAGGUGCACUAGCAGCAGCAAAUCAGCUCUUCAUUGUUAUUGGACUAGCUGUUGCCUUUUUAAUUGGAGCAUUUGUUUCUUGGAGGAUGCUGGCUCUUACUGGAGUUAUCCCAUGUGCUUUUCUGUUUGUAGGACUUUUCUUCAUUCCAGAGUCCCCUAGAUGGCUGGCAAUGGUUGGUCGCCAAAAUGAGUUCAGGGUUGCUCUCCAGACUCUUAGGGGUCCUCAUGCUGAUAUUUCUAGAGAAGCAGAUGAGAUUCAGGAGUACUUGACAAGUCUUUCACACAUGCCAAGAGCUACGGUAUUAGAUUUGUUUAAUAGAAGAAACAUUCGAUUUGUCAUUGUUGGAGUUGGACUAAUGGUGUUCCAGCAAUGCGUGGGAAUAAAUGGAGUUAUCUUCUACGCUGGUCAAAUUUUUGUAUCUGCUGGUGCUCCCCCCAAUCUCGGAAGUAUUCUUUACUCGGUUCUACAGGUUAUUGUUACUGGACUUGCUGCAACCAUGUUAAUUGACCGAGCUGGGAGAAGACCUCUUUUAAUUAUUUCUGUUUCUGGGAUGCUCCUGGGUAGUUUACUGAUCGGAAGCUCCUUCAUUUUAAAGGCAAAUAAUUUGGCACUUCCCUUGAUUCCACUCCUUGCAAUUGGCGGUGUCCUGGUUUACAUCGGUUCAUUUUCAGCUGGAAUGGGUGCAAUUCCCUGGGUUAUAAUGUCCGAGAUUUUCCCACUCAACCUGAAGGGACUCGCUGGGGGAAUUGUGACAUUGGUGAACUGGUCUGGUUCUUGGCUCAUCUCCUACACUUUCAACUUUCUUAUGGUUUGGAGCUCUCAUGGCACAUUCUUCAUAUAUGCUUUGGUUUGUGCACUGGCUCUUGUUUUCAUCAUCAAGCUGGUGCCGGAAACAAAAGGCAGAACUUUGGAAGAGAUUCAAGCUUUGGUGAAGUAGAUUGGA